AUGUCUUUCCCAUCGGUAUCCACAUCGACAUCGACAUCGACAUCGACAUUCGCAUCUUCAUCUUCCAAACUCACCCACCAAAAACCCACCAAAAACAAAAAACACUCCCGCGCGAAUAAUCCCACAGGAACUCACCAAAACCAGUACACACUCCCCGGCCCAGAAACCUCUGGGCUCGAUUUCGAGAUUUUUGAAGAUCCGCGCUGCGCGAUUUGUGAUGCGGAUUUGCCUCCUAUCGAGGGUCCACACACCCCGCUCCUCCCCCAACUCUGCGCCUCCUGCCACCUCCAAGUCACGCAACUCAAAAACGAGCGCGCCAAAAUCCUCCGUCAGCAGCGCGAAAAACAACUGCGCGAAAUGCACGAGGCGCUCGAAGCGGUUUCCGCUCAGGCGGAGUUGAGGAGGGUGUUGAUGGAUGGGAAUGAGAGGUUGCGGGCGGAGAUUGAGGAGAUUGGGAGGGAGAGGGGGGAGAUUGAGGAGGUUGGGAGAGAGGAGAGGGAGGAGAGGAGAGAGGAGAGGGAGACGGGUAGAGAGGGUUAA